UCGAGUCCUUCGUUCUUGGUCCUCCAUUCAAGCUCUCCACACACCUAUACACUUCUCUCUUGCUUCCAUUGGGCAAAGCUGUAAAGCGGCCGUCGAGUGACUUUGUAGAGUGAGAGAGACUCGUCGGAGAGAAAGAUGAUGUCGUCAAGGGAGCGCAAGAAGCAGGCGGCUGCUCUUCAGGAGAAGCUGAAGAUCCUCCGCUCCAUCACUCAUUCCCACGCUUUGAGCAACACAUCGAUAAUCAUGGACGCGUCGGCGUACAUCAAGGAGCUGAAGCAGAAGGUGGUGAGGCUGAACCAGGAGAUUGCCUGCGCGCAAGAUGCGCUGAGACACAAGUCGUCGUCCUAUCCGACGGUGACCGUGGAAACCCUAGGAGUGCAGGGGUCGUUCCUCGUCAACGUGUUCUCCGACAAGAGCUGCCCGGGGCUGCUCGUCUCCGUCCUGGAAGCCUUCGACGAGCUCGGGCUCAGCGUCCUCCAGGCCACCGCCUCCUGCGCCGACUCCUUCCGCCUCGAGGCUGUGGGCGGCGAGAACGUGGCGGACAACGUGGACGAGCACGUCGUGAAGCAGGCCGUCCUGCAGGCCGUCAGGAACUGCUCCGAGAGCGGCAGCGAGCAGGACGAGGAGUAAGCAGGGGGCAGGCUGAUGAGCGCGUAAGCACACACCAAGCCUCUACUUGCAUUGGUCGUACGUCCUCAUGUCCUGGACCGUAUGUAGUGGUCUUAAGGAUACAUGAAUUAAGCCGAGACCCCUUGUAUGCUAGUAGCUCCGUUCCCUCUCUUUAAUUUGAUUUUUUUUAUUUAUGCUUCUAUUUCCUCUAUCUAUCGGUGCGUGGCAAGAUGAAAUUGCUGCUGCUCCCUAGCGAGUGAGUGCUGAUGAUCCGGUGAAUUCGUUCGUAGCAGCACCAUUUCCUGUGUAAUAGUAUUAUUAGGGGGGAAUGCCGUAAUUUACAUAUAUAUGUCUAUGAUGACAAUAAGAUCGAUCCAUCAUGUAUGCAUGAUGUAAGAAUGAUGAUGGUGGUGGGAGGUUGGAACUUGGAAGCAAAGCUGAAUAGAGCUGGCAUGCAACUA